AUGGCCGCCUCUCGAGAGUCCAGUUUCAACCAGCACGAGGCUGACGAGCUCACACAUCAUUAUACCAAACACCUAGAAGGAACCACUGGUGGAUUUGGGGCGUUCUGCGGCUGUACACUUAUCGCUUUUGAAGGAAACUCUCGCCGCAUGCGCAGAGGGGCAGGGAGCGGUGCGCAAGUGGGACAGAAGGAUCUAAAGGCGCCUAAACGAAGCACACACACUCGACAUGUGCUUGGGGACUACAUGAUGUGGAUGUCUCUGGGCUGGAGGGCAUGCAGAGGAGCAUAG